UGUGUGUGUGCGGGGGGGGGGGCAGCAACAUUUGCAUUUUUCGGAGUUUUGCUGGUACAGACGGUGGUGGUUCUUGGCAUUGAUAUGCCUCCACAUAAACGAGUAGCAUUACCUGCUCUUUCUCCGACUAUGGAGCACGGUACAGUUGUCAGUUGGCAGAAGCAAGAGGGAGAUCAACUGAGUGAGGGUGACUUGCUUUGUGAAAUAGAGACAGACAAAGCUACGAUGGGUUUUGAGACGCCAGAAGAAGGUUACCUUGCUAAGAUUGUCAUUCCCGAAGGUACAAAAGAUGUUCCAAUUGGAAAGUUGCUUUGUAUCAUUGUUGAAAACGAAUCCGACGUGGCAGCAUUCAAAGACUUCAAGGACGAUGGUAGCGGAGCUCCAGCUCCUGCUCCAUCAGCAGCGACAUCUCCACUGCCACCACCAUCACCUUCAUCUGCUGCAGCACCUGGUGGGCGCGUAAGCGCUACUCCUUAUGCGAAGAAGCUUGCCAGUGAACAAGGUCUUGAUCUUAAUGCAGUUUCGGGCACAGGUCCACACGGACGUAUCCUAGCAUCUGAUCUUGCAAGAGCUCCAUCUACAGGCUUCGCUGGAUCAGCAGUAGGCAAGGCAGCAGGAGUACCUGGUGCUCAAUACACCGACAUUCCUCUUACAAAUAUGAGACGCACCAUAGCCAAACGAUUGACGGAAAGCAAAAGUACUAUUCCUCACUACUACCUCACUUCUGAGAUUAAUAUGGAUGCACUGCUCAAGGUACGUGAAAAACUAAAUGAUUUGCUUGCUAAGGGCACUGUUGGAGGGACAAAGAUAUCGAUCAAUGACUUUAUCGUUAAGGCUUCUGCGUUGGCUUGCCUACGUGUACCCGAGGCAAAUAGCUUCUGGAUGGAGUCGUUUAUCCGACAAAAUAAUACAGUUGACGUGAGCGUGGCCGUAAGCACACCUGCUGGACUGAUAACGCCGAUAGUUUUCAAUGCCCAUGCUAAGGGUCUAGCUACAAUUUCAAGUGAGAUCAACGAAUUGGCGGCCCGUGCCAGAGAUGGUAAACUUCAACCAAAUGAGUACCAGGGUGGUACCUUCACUGUCUCCAAUCUCGGCAUGUUUGGUAGCAUCAGUGAUUUUACUGCAAUAAUAAACCCACCACAAUCAUGCAUUCUUGCCGUUGGUGGAGCUGAAACGAAGAUGAUUCCCUGUGAUAAGGAAGGAUAUCGUAGCGUGAAAGUGAUGAAAGUGACCUUGUCAUGUGACCACCGUGUAGUAGAUGGAGCAGUUGGAGCCGUCUGGUUACGUCAUUUCAAGGAAUUCUUGGAGAAGCCGCAUACUAUGCUUCUUUAG